CCGAAUAGGUUCAUCUCCUCAUUUUGUUCGCGCGAGCUUAAAAGGUUGAUCGCAUUCGCGCCAGUCUAUAAAUAAACGCAAGCGGUUGGAAAACAUCCACGACUGGAUGAGAAGCCUUCAACAUAACAUCAAUUUGUCAUCAACUUGUUCUGGUAUAACAAUGACUUCAAAAACUCAGGUGUGUGUGUGACCUCAGAUCUAGCAUCAACAAACGUUUACGAUUAUUUUAAUGUGAAUGGACUCGGCAUCAUAAUUGUGUUCGUAUAAGUGUGGCUUAAAUAGUAGAAACGGAAUAUAUUGGAACGUGCGAUAGGGCGAUCACACUUGUGACAGCUGAACAGCCAUAUUGGCGAUCCGAGAAAUCUGAAACACGCAGCGAUGCCGUCCGAGGGCUACAGCUACGAGACCGGGAAGAUCCCCACCUUUCACGCCGCCGACUACGCCGUGUUUGGCUGCACGCUCGGCAUCUCCGCCGCCAUCGGCGUCUUCUAUGCUAUCAAAGACCGGAACAAGCAGACGACUGACGAUUACUUAUUAGCGGGCCGGUCCAUGCACCCGAUUCCGGUGGCGAUGUCGCUUUUGUCUAGCUUCAUCUCGGCGAUCACGAUCCUAGGCACGCCGGCGGAAGUGUACGUGUACAGCACGAUGUACUGGUGGAUUUCCGUCGCCUUCAUCAUCACGGCCAUCGGCGCCGGCCACAUCUUCAUCCCUAUUUUCUACAACCUCGGCAUCACGAGCGUCUUUCAGUACGCAGAGAUGCGGUUUGGUCAUCCAACUCGGGUCCUAGCUAGCAUCACUUACCUUGUUUGGAUGAUGUUUUAUAUGGCGAUAGUCUUGUAUGCUCCGUCAUUAGCGUUGAAUGCAGUGACUGGGCUGAGCCUGUGGGGGUCCAUUUGCGCUGUGAGUCUCGUCUGCACAUUCUACACCGCCCUGGGCGGUAUGAAGGCGGUGUUGUGGGCGGACACAUUACAGAUGAUGAUCGUGUACGGGGGGAUGAUCACCAUGGUAGCCAUGGGGGCCAACCUACUGGGCGGCAUAGACGAGGUCUGGAGGACCGCGGACGAGCACGGCAGGAUCGUUUUCUUCGAGUUCAAUACGGACCCCCGGAUGCGUCACUCGGUUUGGACGGUGGUGUUUGGAGGGGCCGUGUUCUGGUGCUGCGUGUUCGGCACAAACCAGGCACAGGUACAGCGGGCCAUAUCCGUCUCCAGCAUCACCAGGGCCAAACUGGCGAUCUGGUUGAACCUGCCUGGAAUGGCGUCCAUCAUCACGAUCAGCUGUCUGGUCGGGCUUGUCAUCUUCUCCUUCUACGCCAAGGCCCGUUGUGACCCGGUCUCUUUCGGCAUUAUCUCAAAGGCAGACCAGCUGGUUCCUCUGUACACGAUGGACAUCAUGAAUGAGUACCAUGGUCUGCCUGGCCUUCUCCUCUCUACCAUCUUCAGUGGCAGUCUAAGCACGAUAUCCUCCGGUCUAAACGCGGUGGCGGCAGUGAUGCUUGAAGACUUCGUCAAGCCUAUGUGCUGCAAGGGCAUCUCACCUUUCAGGGCAACCAUUAUGUCCAAGAUAUUCGUGAUCGUGUUCGGAUUUGUGUCACUGGCAUUCGCAUUCCUCGUGUCCCAGCUCGGCACCAUGAUUCUCACGCUCGCGUAUGUGCUGUUUGGAGUGCUUGGCGGCCCUUUGCUGGGGAUGUUCUCACUGGGCAUGCUUUUCCCCUGGGCCAACAAGUGGGGCGGCGGAAUCGGCCUUGCCACGAGCUUAGCGCUGUUGUUGUGGAUCGGGCUUGGCCAGUCCAUCACUGGAACCAGUGUUGUUAUUAAGCCGCCCGUGGAGACCGUUGGCUGUAACUGGAACGCCACCGGCUUCUCCAGGGCCGAGACUCCCAUCAACGUCACCGCAGCCCCCGGCCACACUACAACCAUUGACUUCGCCCAUCCCGUCACCUCCGCUUUUGACAAAUACACCGGUAUAGAGCGGCUAUAUACGGUAUCGUACUUGUGGUACAGCCCUAUUGCCGUUCUCGUGUGCGUCGUUGUAGGCCUCUUCGUCAGCUUAAUCACAGGUAUUGAAGAUACAAAGAAGCUAAAUCCAAAACUAAUAUGUCCGGCGUUUGACAUAUUCUUUCCGUAUUUACCCGAGAAGAUCCGGAAACCGCUCAGGUUUGGAGUGCGACAUGGGGAGUAUCUGCCGGAGUUCGACAGCCUGGCCGAGCGGAAGGAGCGGAUCAACAGCCUCACCGUGAACGAGGCUAUCCCCGUUGUCACUGCCAACGGCUCCAAAGCGGCCGGAGUGGACAACAGAGCCUACGACCCGCCUCAACAGACACAUCUGUAGCCCCUGGUGGAUAAAACUGCAUGUGUUUGACUUCGUAUUAUCAGGAGUUUUAAUGUCUGUCGAAUUAUGAAUUGACGACAUGACGACAUUUUAGCAUUGGUAUAACUACUUUUUUAAAAUGGUAAAGUUGCAGUACCAGGAGUGGCCUUACUUUGGAUGGUCGUCUAUACAACACCUGUUAUAAAUGUCCCGAAUAUUGUGAAUGUCCAGAUUCCAGAAUGUUGUGAUAGUCGCAAAUUCUGCGAACAUCCUGAAUGUUAUGAUUAUCUUGAAUGGGUCAAAUGUCGUGAAUGGUGCGAAUCUUGGGAAUCGUGAAAGUGUCGAUUGUCGCAAAUGUUGUGAAUACGGUAAAUGUUUCGAAUGCCAUCAAUGUUGGAAAUGUUGUACAAGCGGUGAAUAUUGCUUAUGUCGUGAAUGUUGCGAAUUUCGCGAAUGUUGUGAAUGUCCUGAAUGGUGUGAUUACCUUGAAUGUGUCGAAUGUUGUAAAUAUCGCAAAUGUUGUGAAUACGGUAAAUGUUUUGAAUGUCAUGAAUGUUUCGAAUGCUGUACAUACGAUGAAUAUAGAGAAUGUUGUGAAUGUCGCUAAUGUUGGAAAUGAUGUGAAUACCGGGUAUGUUGCGAAUGGUGGGAAUGUCGCGAAGGUUGGGAAUGCCGCGAAUGUUGCGAAUGUUGCGAAAGGUAAGUAUGUCGCGAAUGUUAGGAAUGUCGCGAAUGUCGGGAUUGUCGCGAUUGUUGGGAAUGUCGCGAAUGUUGGGAAUGUCGGGAAUGCCAUUACGAAUGUUGGGAAUUUUGCGAAUGUUGGGAAUGUCGCGAAUGUUGUGAGUGUCGCGAAUAAUGUGACUGUCGCGAAUAAUGUGAAUGUCGCGAAUGUUGCAAAUGUCGCAAAUAUUGGAAAUGUCGCGAAUGUCGCAAAUAUGGGAAUUGUCGCGUAUGUUGCGAAUGUAGCAAAAGUCGCUGAAUUUGUACAUGUCGUUCUUUUUGUGAGCGUUACAAACAACGUAAUCAUCAAAUGUUAAAUGUUUGUAAAUGGAAAAAUAUGAACAUGUUUGUUAAAUGGUAACAUAUCGGACAUAUUUGUUUAAUGCUAACAUAUCGGACAUGCUUGUUUAAUGGUAGCAUAUCGGACAUGUUUGUUUAAUGGUAACAAGUCGGACAUGUUUGUUGAAUAGUAACAUGUCGGACAUAUUUGUUAUAUAGUAACAUAUCGGACAUGUUUGUUUUAUGGUUACACAUCGGACAUGUGUGUGUAAUGGUAACAUAUCGGACAUGUUUGUUUAAUGGUAACAUAUCGAACAUUUUGGUUCAAUGGUAAAAUAUUGGACAUGUUUGUUUAAUGGUAACAUAAUGGACAUGUUUGUUUUAUGGUAACAUAAUGGACAUGUUUGUUUAAUGGUAACAUUUCGGACAUAUUUGUUUUAUGGUAACAUAAUGGACAUGUUUGUUUAAUGGUAACAUAUUGGACAUUUUUGUUUAAUGGUAACAUAUCGGACAUAUUUGUUUUAUGAUAACAUAUUGGACAUGUUAAUAUUUUACAUGUUUGUUUUAUGGUAACAUAUUGGACAUGCGUGUUUAAUGAUAACAUAUUGGACAUGUUUGCUUAAUUGUAACAUAUCGGACAUGUUUGUUUUAUGGUAACAUAUUGGACAUGCGUGUUUAAUGAUAACAUAUUGGACAUGUUUGCUUAAUUGUAACAUAUCGGACAUGUUUGUUUUAUGGUAACAUAUUGGACAUGCGUGUUUAAUGAUAACAUAUUGGACAUGUUUGUUUGAUGGUCACAUAUCGGACAUAUUUGUUUUAUGGUAACAUAUUGGACAUGUUUGUUUAAUGGUAACAUAUUGGACAUGUUUGUUUAAUGGUAACAUAUCGGACAUAUUUGUUUGAUGGUAACAUAUUGGACAUGUUUGCUUAAUUGUAACAUAUCGGACAUGUUUGUUUUAUGGUAACAUAUUGGACAUGUUUGUUUAAUAGUAACAUAUCGGACAUAUUUGUUUUAUGGUAACAUAUUGGACAUGUUUGUUUAAUGGUAACAUAUCGGACAUAUUUGUUUUAUGGUAACAUAUUGGACAUGUUUGCUUAAUUGUAACAUAUCGGACAUGUUUGUUUUAUGGUAACAUAUUGGACAUGCGUGUUUAAUGGUAACAUAUUGGACAUGUUUGUUUAAUGGUCACAUAUCGGACAUAUUUGUUUUAUGGUAACAUAUUGGACAUGUUUGUUUAAUGGUAACAUAUUGGACAUGUUUGUUUAAUGGUAACAUAUCGGACAUAUUUGUUUGAUGGUAACAUAUCGAACAUGUUUGUUCAAUGGAAACAUAUUAGACAUGUUUGUUUAAUGGUAACAUAUCGGACAUAUUUGUUUUAUGGUAACAUAUUGGACAUGUUUGUUUAAUGGUAACAUUUUGGACAUGUUUGUUUAAUGGUAACAAGUCGGACAUGUUUGUUUAAUGGUAACAUAUCGGACAUAUUUGUUUUAUGGUAACAUAUUGGACAUGUUUAUAUGUUACAUGUUUGUUUAAUGGUAACAUAUUGGACAUGUUUGCUUAAUGGUAACAUAUUGGACAUGCUUGUUUUAUGGUAACAUAUUGGAAAUGUUUGUUUAAUGGUAACAUAUCGGACAUGCGUGUUUAAUGGUAACAUAUCGGACAUGUUUGUUUAAUGAUAACAUAAUGGACAUGUUUGUUUAAUGGUAACAUAUCGGACAUAUUUGUUUUAUGGUAACAUAUUGGACAUGUUAAUAUGAUACAUGUUUGUUUAAUGGUAACAUAUUGGACAUGUUUGCUUAAUGGUAACAUAUUGGACAUGCUUGUUUUAUGGUAACAUAUUGGAAAUGUUUGUUUAAUGGUAACAUAUCGGACAUGCGUGUUUAAUGGUAACAUAUCGGUUAUGUUUGUUUAAUGAUAACAUAAUGGACAUGUUUGUUUAAUGGUAACAUAUCGGACAUGUUUGUUUAAUGGUAACAUAUUGGACAGGUUUGUUUUAUGGUAACAUAUUGGACAUGUUUGUUUUAUGGUAACAAGUUUUAUGGUGACAUGUUGGACAUGUUUGUUUUAUGGUUACAUAUCGGGCAUGCUUGUUUAAUGGUGUAAAAUCGGACAUGUUUGUUAAAUGGUUACACAUCGGACAUGUGUGUGUAAUGGUAACAUAUCGGACAUGUUUGUUAAAUGGUCACAUGUCGGACAUGUAUGUUUAAUGGUAAUGUAUCGGACGUGUUUUUUCAAUGGCAACAUGUAGGACUUGUUUGAUUAAAAGUAACAAAUCGGACAUAAUGGUUUAAUGGUAACAGAUCGGACACGUUUGUUUAAUAGUAACAUAUCGGACAUGUUUGGUAAAAUGUAACAUAUUGGACAUGAUUGUUUAAUAGUAACACAUCGGACAUGUUUGUUUAAUGGUAACAUAUCGGGCAUGCUUGUUUAAUUGUGACAUAUCGGACAUGUUUGUUUAAUGGUGACAUAUCGGAUUGGUUUGUUUAAUGGUUUGAUGUCGGACAUGUUUGUUAAAUGGAUACAUGUGUUUAAUGGUUACAUAUCGGACAUGCGUGUUUAAUGGUAAUAUAUCGGAAAUGUUUGCUUAAUGGUGACAUAUCGGGCAUGUUUGUUUAAUUGAAACAUAUCGGACGUUUUUUUAAAUGGUAACAUAUCGGACACGUUUGUUUAAUGGUAUCAUUUCGUCGUGCUACACAGGGAUAGAAAGACAAGGAAGGACUUGGUUUUGUUUUUAACGUUAUUGUUUUUAUCCGCAUUACUACUAUCCACUAUUUAGGUUAGUUUUUUUGUUCACUAUUAUUAUUAAGUGUGACUAGGAACUAAAUUGUAUACGGUCACCUUAUUAUUAAUCAGAUAUUUUAAUGAUUUUAAAGAUUAUACUCGUUUACUGUUUAUAUACAUUUACAUUAUAUUUUGCUACACAAUAAAAUAUUUUACCACAAA